AUGCCGCCCGCUCCCGAAACCUAUCCAAGUCUGCACCACAUCUCAGACAUCGACAAUGCCACCGAAGAAGACCUGCGGCAAGUCAUAAGGACAUACCCAGUCAUUGAUAACCAUGCACAUAACAUUUUGACGGAAGACAAUGCCUACGGCAGUGCGGAUCAUCCAUUUGAGGGCAUCACAUCCGAGGCACAAGGUCAUGCCCUCUUGGACCAUGUCCACACAAGCCUCUCGCAUAUUCGAGGAAUCAAGCAGCUAGGCGACCUCUAUCAAUGUCCGGGUACGGCAUCAGACGUUAAAGCCUGCCGGUACGAGUGGAUUCGACGUGACUAUCAUUCUCUGGUCAAGAAGUGUUUGGAGGGCACACAUACGAUCCUGAUGGACGACGGCCUUUCUCCACAGGUCGUCUACCCCUACAAAUGGCACAGACAGAUGGUUUCUUCCGUCUACCGAAUCGUCCGCAUCGAAGCUAUAGCCACCGAGCUUCUUGAGCAACUGGCCAUCGCAGCUGGGUUUCUCAAAGUUGGCCUCGAUGCUGACUGGGACAUUUCGCAGACCGAGUCAUUCCUUGUGAGAUUCAAUACCGUCUUCAGGAACCAGGUUAGGACUCUGGCCAAUGAUCCUGACGUUCGCGGAUUCAAAUCCGUCAUUUGCUAUCGAAGUGGUCUAGACGUGGCGUUGGACAGCCGAAAUAAUUUCAGACCGCAUCAGUCUUUGACCGGAUCAAACCUGCUUACAGCGUUUCACGAAUUCAUGCAAAGCGCUGUACGCGACCACAACUAUCGCAUUCAGCGAAAAGAGGUCAACGACUAUCUCGUUGUAGCCGUCUGCGAUGUCUUGGACAAGCUGGUUGACACUGAUGGCGAGAACCUCCCUUUUCAAUUCCACACUGGUCUUGGUGACAAUGACAUCAACCUGGUGAAAGCCAAUCCCGCCUACAUGCAGCCGUUAAUCGAAGCUUUCCCACAUGUCGAUUUCGUCAUUCUUCAUUCGUCGUACCCCUACACUCGCGAAGCGGGAUAUCUAGCCUCAGCAUACAGCAAUGCCUGGCUCGACAUCGGUGAAGUCUUUCCAAUGCUCUCGCGAGAGGGCGAAGAGCGGAUGUUGCGAGAAGCUCUAGAGCUUUCGCCUACGUCGAAGAUAUUGUGGAGCACAGAUGGCCACUUUUAUCCCGAAACAUACUGGCUGGCCAACCAGCAGUUUCGCGCAACUUUGGAGAAAGUUUUACUCGAGUACGUUGCUGAGGGAGAUAUCUCAAUCCCUCAUGCGAUUCAUAUGGCAGUGGAUAUCAUGUUUUGGAACUCAAAUACCCUGUACAAGCUCGAUGAAGAAAGAAGAUUUCCCGAACUGAUGCGGGCUCUGGGCCAAGUGAACCAUGGAAGUGUUAGGACGAUUGUCAAUGGCAGCUCAAAGCCAGGUUCUUACAUGUCGUACGCUAGUACCGCAGUUGAGUCGUCGAUACAGAGCAGUUCACGACCAACCCCUGCUUCCAGGGCUGAGACAUCAACGCCGGUGCAGGAAAAUGCACUUUUUCGUCAUCCACAUACGGCAACCCCUGACCAAGAGGAUUUAUCCCUGCCCACUUCCGCCGAUAACAUUGCCGCUUUCGAGGCUUUCCUUGAAGCUAAUGCGGGACUCAAGUACAUUUGGCUUCAGAUGUGCGACUACACAGGAACGAUGCGUAUGCGAAUGGUCCCACUCGACCAGUUUCGAAAGCAACUGACCUCUGGCAAGCUAUGUUACACGACUGUUGCUAUCAGCCGACUCUUGCAGGAUGAUAUGCCGGCAACCGGCAUGAAUACGACUGGACAGUUCCUGCUGCUCCCUGAUCUAUCCAGUCUGUCGCUGAAUAGAGGGAUUUCCUCACCUUCUGCUACUGUCCAGACUUGGUGGAUGCAAGACACUUUUGACACUCCUGUUCGCCGGCAUUGGGAUCGAUGCCCUCGUUGGGCCCUACAACAUCAAGUCAAUACCUUGAAGUCCGAGUACGACAUCAGCAUCCUCGUUGGAUUCGAGAUUGAGAUCGUUUUUACCCGACCCGUUCUUGCCACCAACGGGCGUGACAUAAUCGAUUUCGAGCCACUGCAUACACUACACUCUUGGUGCAACUUGACUUACUCUGACCUGGACACUCUACCAAUAGUUGAAGAGAUCGUGGACGCUCUAGCUUCUAUUGACAUCACUGUGCUCCAAUUCCAUGCAGAGAACGCUACUGGGCAGUGGGAAUUUCCCCUACCAUGCACUGAGCCUGUCAAGGCUGUCGACAUGCUCAACAAAGCCAAGAGUGUCAUCCAGAACAUUGCAAAGGCGCAUGGUCUCAAGGCCACGAUGUAUCCUCGCCCAUACGCCAUGACUGCAGGUUCAGCGCAGCAUGCGCACUUCUCUCUCAAUGGUCCUGGUGUCGUUGAACGCUAUGCUGAUCCAUUCUUGGCGGGAGUACUGGAGCACCUACCCGCCAUUCUUGCCUUCACAUUACCCACUGAGGAGUCUUAUGGUCGGGUUGCGUCAAGUGUCUGGGCUGGUGGGGAAUACGUCGCGUGGGGCUAUCAAAAUAAGGAAGUUCCUUUGCGUGGCAUCGCUCCAGGCCAUUGGGAACUGAAAACAAUUGACGGUAUGGGUAACACAUAUCUAUCGAUCGCGGCUCUGCUUGCUGCUGGGUUGUAUGGUGUUCGGCAGGAGCUCAUCUUGGAACAUCGCGACUGUGUAGGCGAUCCUUCGUCGAUGGAUGAUGAGGCGAGGGCGCGCUUGGGCAUUACCAAAAAGCUACCUCACAGCCUGAAAGAGAGUCUGUUUGCUUUGAAGCAGAGCACCGUGCUCAAGGCCGCUCUGGGCGAGAGUCUGGUAGAGGACUAUUUGGCUGUGCGAGAGUCUGAAUUAGCGAAACUGGGAGCCAUGGAAGAACAAUCAAGGCGAGUUUGGCUAAUGAGUCGAUAUUGA